UGGUCUUCUUCCUCCUCCAAAAAUAAAAUAAAAUAAAAACCUCAAAAAAAAUUGGGAAAGUUUCAAUCUUUCCCCUCCUCCGACUCCUUCCUCCACAACUUCGUUGAUCUCCCAGAAGAAGACGAUAACGAACGCGAUUAGCUCGAAUACUCAGAUAAUGAAAGGUCCAGCAAGUGUUAAGAAGAAAACCCAGAUGCUUAACGACGCCGGUGAGCCGGAGACAGCGGUGGAAACAGUCGGAGGAGACGGUGGGUUUGGAAGUGACCACGGAGGAGGUGGAGGAGAGUCGAUUCUUCGUGAGAUGGGUGAUGAUAGUAGGCGUACGGAGGAUGAGGAAGAGGAAGAAGAAGAAGACGAAGAAGAAGACGAAGAGGAUGAAGAAGAUGGAAGAGAAGGAAAAGGGAAAGAGGAAAGGCCAAAACUUGAUGAAGGGUUUUUCGAAAUCGAAGCUAUUCGUCGUAAGAGAGUUCGUAAAGGGAAGGUUCAGUAUCUAAUUAAAUGGCGUGGAUGGCCAGAAACUGCUAACACAUGGGAGCCUAAAGAGAAUCUCCAGUCUAUUGCUGAUGUUAUAGAUGCAUUUGAAGGAAGUUUGAAGCCAGUGAAACCUGGAAGGAAGCCUGGAAGGAAACGUAAACAUGGAGGUUCUAGUAAUUCUCAGUUGAAGAAGAAGCAGCAACGUUUAACAUCUAACACAUCACAUGAUGCUUCUGAGAGAUCAGACUCUUUUACAUCUCUUAACAACAACUCUAGCCUUCCUAAUAUUCGUGGUGGUCCACUUGAUCUCUCUGGGGAAACUGCUUAUGCAGCCAACCAAGUUGAAGGUAACAGCAGGAGUGUUGGUAUGGUUGGAGAGGAGAAAGAUUAUGAUCCAACGCUUAGCGAGCUGAGGGGACCAGUCAUUAACAGUAACGGUGCGGGGUGUUCACAAGGUGAAGGUGAUAAUGUAAGACCAAAUGGUCUUCUCAAGGUUUAUCGUAGUGAGAACAGUCAGUUCAUUGGUGCUAAGAGGAGGAAGUCUGGUUCUGUGAAAAGAUUCAAACAAGAUGCUUCCACAAGUAACAACAACAACAACACAACAGCUAAUACAGAUCAGAAUGAGACACAAGAGUUGGGUACGUUAGACUCUUUUGGUAGAGUGGCGAGGAUAGGGAAUGAGUAUCCUCCUGGUGUGUUGGAGAAUAACAAUCUCUCUCAGAAAAGCAAGGUGGAGGAGUUAGACAUCACGAAGAUACUUAAGCCUGUGAAGUUCUCUUUAUCUGUAACAAACAAUGUACAAGAUGUGUUGGUGACCUUUUUGGCUCUGAGGUCUGAUGGGAUGGAAGUGAUGGUAGACAACAGGUUUCUCAAGGCUCACAAUCCUCUUCUGCUGAUUGAGUUCUACGAGCAACAUCUCAAGUACAAUCCUGAAAGAUAAGAAUUUGUUUGUACACACAGCACUUGUAGGUAGAGAGAAAGAUGUUAAGUUUUGUCUAGUGUAGAGAGUUGAUGUAGUGGCAAAGUUGUAUUCCUGAGAGGUUUCAGAUUUUAUUUGCUUUUUACUUUGGUGGAGAUUUAUAUGUUAAAAUUGCUUGUUCAAAGAUUAAAUUCAUGAACCAUAUAAAUUAACUUUCACUCUA